UCUAAAUAAUAAUUAUGACAAUGAUCAUUUCAUAUUUAAUUGCUCGUUUGCCUGUCGAAGGAAACGGAAGUCCGGAUUCAGCCGAAUUCGGAAUCGGAAGUAUAACGAGACAUUGGGACGUUUAGACCGUGACCUCGGCAACUCCUAAUAUUAUUAUACACUGUGUUACCAUCGUUCAAAUUGAAAUUUGUAUUUUGUAAUGUCAAUCGAAUUGAACGAAUUACGAUUUACAGGAUUACAGGAUUAUUAGUUGCUCAAAACGUACGACGAUCUUUUGGUAUUAUGGAUUGCAAAAACGAUUCGACAGACGAUCAAGACUACGAAGAAAUUGUCGAAGAAAACUUAAUUCAUGUCGUUGUGGAUAAUGCUGAUGAUUUGUCCAUUUUGAAUGCAAACAGCAAUGUCCGAGUGUUAGCAGUAGAUUCUGAUUCUCCAGUAUUACAAAUCGAAAACAAGAUUUUUCAUUUUAACCAAUGGAGGUAUAUAACUGGGACAGCUAUGUUUUUUGAGCGGAAAAGCGAGGUGAAAAAAAUCGAUCCUCUGUAUGAUAAUAGAUGUGGAACUAUUUUGCAAUAUGUCGGUUCUAGUCGCAAAUGUUUAGAAAUGACAAAAAAAGAAAAUCUACAAAAUGCACUGUAAUCUUUUAUUUGUUCCUCCUAAUAUAUUGAUAUUUAUAAUUUGAAA